AUGUUUCCACUUCAAAACAUCGUGAGAAGUUGCAAUCAGCAACUUCUCAAACUCUACGCGCGACAUUCCAAAUGUACACUCAGUUUACCAAUUAAACGAUCAGCAUCGACUUCCGAGGCUUUACGUAAGACCUUCCUGUAUGACUUCCAUAUUGAACAUGGAGGAAAAAUGGUGCCAUUUGGAGGUUGGUCAAUGCCAGUACAAUACAAAGACAGCAUCCAAGACUCUCAUCACCAUGUACGGAAUCAUGUAGGGAUCUUUGAUGUGUCUCAUAUGAUGCAAACUAAAAUUCAUGGAAAAGACAAACUUUCUUUCAUUGAGAGUUUGACCGUGGUCAAUGCUAAAAUCCUAAAACCAGGAAUGGGUUCUCUGACUGUUUUCACUAAUGAAGAUGGUGGAAUAAAUGAUGAUCUUAUAGUGACCAACACAAGUGAGGGAUACCUGUAUGUUGUCUCAAAUGCUGCCUGUGAUCAUAAAGACUAUGCUAAUAUGGAAAAACGUGUUGCAGAAUUUCAUGCCAAGGGCCUUGAUGUAACAAUAGAAAGAUUGCCUCAUUCAUUACUUGCUGUUCAAGGUCCAUCUAUGAUCAAAGUAUUACAACCUGGUCUGCCCUUUGAUCUCAGCACCCUACCAUUUAUGAGAAGUACAAUGACCACUGUAUUUGGAAUUCCAGAAUGCAGAAUAACUCGUUGUGGCUAUACAGGAGAAGAUGGUGUAGAGAUUUCUGUCGACUGUGAUCAUGUUUUGAAAUUAUUGAAUGAAUUGCUUGGUUCCAAGAUUGAUGAAGUCAGAAUGGCUGGUUUAGGUGCUCGUGACACGCUACGUUUAGAAGCAGGAUUAUGUUUGUAUGGCAAUGAUAUGGAUGAGACAACAACACCCAUUGAAGCAUCUUUAGGCUGGCUUAUUGGUAAAAGGCGACGACAAGAGGCUAAUUUUCCUGGAGCUUCAAUCAUCUUGGAUCACGUAAAGAAUCCACCCAACAGGAUAAGAGUUGGAUUUCUAUCUGCAGGACCUUCUCCAAGACAUGGCUGUAAAAUAUUUGAUGAAACGGGUCAAACUGAAAUUGGUGUUGUUACCAGUGGCUGUCCAUCACCAACGCUGAAACAAAACAUAUCUAUGGGUUAUUUAAAACCAGAGUUUUCUUCUGUUGGGAGUAAAGUGAUUUUUGAUAUCCGGAAGAAAAGGAUUCCUGGACAAAUAGCCAAAAUGCCUUUUGUUCCUACAAACUACUUUGUUGUGAAAAAAAAGUAA